AUGUCCAGCCUUGUCGUGACCGUCCUUCUGGCCGUGAGUGCCCUUACCGCACUUUACCUUUACACCAACAAGAGCAAAGAUGCAUCCGAGAAGCCCCUCCUCAAGCUGCCCCUCAUUGGUGAUCUCCAUAGCUCGCCAAUCGAGAAACCACUGGUAAACUGGAGCGCUUGGUCGAAACAACACGGCCCGAUUACGGUUCCCAAGCUGUUUGGAAUUGUGCCCAUUGUCGUGCUCAACUCGUACGAGGCCGUCACUGAACUCUUCAGUCGUCGUAGCCAAUGGUACAGCAACCGACCGGCCUCAGUGAGCAUGGAGAUGAUUACUGGGGCUGGGCCAGGUCGUUCUCGAUUUACGCUGAUGCACGACUAUGACGAUCACCUUAAACUACACCACCGCAUUCUUUCACCAAGUCUUGGUGCGCCGGCGGCAAGCAAGUAUCAACCUCUUAUGGAACUCGAGGCUAAGCAACUGCUCUUCGAUCUCAUCGCUGCUUUGGAGAAGUCCAAAGAUGAUUCCACAAUCACCACGAAGACGAUAUAUCCUCUGCUCGAGCGGACCCAGUCCAGUGUCAUCCUUGCCCUCCAUUACGGUCUCCGCAUACCCAAGUUCGAAGAGCCAAUCCUGCAUGAAGUCAUUGCAAUUCAAGCGAAGGUCACACAUCUGGCCGCGAAUCCGCAGCUCCCGGAUCUUAUGCCAGUCCUUCGACACUUGCCUACUUUCAUCUCCCCGUGGCAGCAGUAUGCUGACAAGCUUUACGCGGCUCAGGUCAAGCUCUACAUGCGCCUCUUCCACCAUGGUAGAGAUGCGCCAGGCUGGAAUGCGACAAAGCAAGCAAUCGCAUCCGCACCGAAAUAUGCUCCUACCGACUCGCCAGUAUCCGAUCUUGACCUUGCCUUCACACUCGCGACAUCUAUUCAGGGUGGUAUGGAAACGUCCCCUCGUCAGAUUCUCUGGCUCUUCGUCGCAGCAAUGCACAAUCCGGAGAUCAUGACCCGUGCGCAUGAACUACUAGACAGAGUCGUUGGCAGAGAGCGUCUCCCUACAUUCUCGGACCGUCACAACCUCGCCUACGUUGACGCUAUAGCACAUGAAUUAUUCAGAUGGCGACCCAUAUCUCCUGGUUCUAUUCCGCGCCGUGCUGAUCGCGCGGAUGAGUUCGCUGGCGUGAAGAUUGCCAAGGGUGUGACCAUCAUGGCGAACGCGUGGGCCAUCGGCCGCGACGAGGCAGUCUUCGAUCCUUCGCUUGGUGAUGCACAGGAAUUUGUUCCUGAGCGCUGGUUGCGUGAUGGGAAGGUCCGCGGUGAUCUGCCACUCCCUGUGUUUGGCCAAGGUCGAAGGAUAUGUCAAGGAAAGCGUGUCGCUACUGACGGAACAUUCAUGAAUAUCGCAAAUCUGCUAUGGGCGUUUGAUGUGGAAGCCAUACAGGGAGAAGAGGUGGAUCCAUGGCAAAUGAUAGUCGUUGGCUUCAUGACUGAGCCAAGGCCAUUUAGGUUCCGUCUGAAGCCUCGAGGACCAUGGGUGUUGGAUGCGGUGAGGAGGGAGUGGGAAAGUACCGAGAAAAGUCUAGAAGGAGUGAUGGGCACCGCGAACGACGUCGAGAAUUAG